AUGGGGGAGGAAAUGCGUCUUAGACAGUUUGGUCUCGUGCCAGAGAGCAUCUGGGGCGAUCAAAACGAAACUGUUGUCUACGCCCAAGUCCUCAAGCUCAACCCUGCCAUUUUCCGCUUCUACAGGAAUCCCCAACACUCGCCGAAAUCACUGGCAAACCGCGUUGUCAGCUGCUACCACGAUAUAAACAUUCAAGACGACACUUGGAGCUUUCGAGAUCGAGCCGCUAUAGACCCCAACUUCUUUGCGCCCGGCACCGUCAUCGAUCUCUCUUCCGAUGAUAACGAAGGACUUAUUUGGUGUAUUUAUCGGUCGCCUCUCUUCGAUGAAUACCUUGGCCUCCUUAGACAUAUCCAGCGAAGCGAUCUGGUACCCCCUGACAACUCUGCUCGUACCAUCGACCUCGCUCAGAUCUAUUUACUCCAGUCCAUGGGCGGCAGGGGAUGCAACAAGCGAGCCCACGUCCGAGGCAUGGGGCACUCAAUCUCUUUCUUUUUCAAGGGCAUUGACUUCGCGACUUAUUUGAAACUACAUGAUGACGACGACGAGGCUAUUCGUGCCGUGGUGGAAACCUGGCGGCGAUCAAGCGAACUGGUUGCUGGUAUGCCUCCGCAUCCCUACGUCCAACAACCCCCCAAGAUCCUGGUCUCAAUUCACGACUCGAAGGGUGAAGAAGUGCUCAUGGGUCACUUGUCAACCUUCUGCGAUCGAGGCGACCUGGCUUUAGUAAUCGAAAAAGCGAAUUCAGGCAUGGCACAUAUUUCGCUACGAGAGAAAGCUGGAUGGUGCUAUGAAAUGUCUCAAGUGGUCGCACACACGCACCGCAUCCUGCAUACCUUCCACAUGGACAUCAGCCCUGGAAACUUUCUUAUUGGUCCAGGAAGAGGCUUGAUCCUCAUUGAUUGGGAGCAAGGCAGUGCGACCGUGACCACACUUGCCCCGGAGGCGGACGGAACUUGGGAUGUCAAUGAGGAGGCUACGGAUGAAGGCACUCGACUGAUCUACACCAAGUAUACUGGCCCACCGCGUCGCAACAUGCCUAAAGGGAGCGGACCAGCGACUUUCCAUGCGUGGGAUAUGUUUCCGGAAUGGCAAGCCAACUUUCCCAGAGCUACAGAGCUCGCUGAAGUGUUUUCUCUGGGAAGAACCAUGUGGAUGCUCUUGACGCAGACUGUCAGCGGGUUUGACGAGGUCAAGCACCCCAAUGAUGUUCGAGUAACUUGGGAUGGCGAGAACAACAUACCUUCUCGCUGGAUCGGCAUGGUCGAGCGAUGCAUGGAAAAGGAUCCGAACGAACGCCCUGACGUGGAGGAUCUUGUGAAGUUCUGGACGGAUGAGAAAUCGCUCCUGGAUAAGAAACCCUAG